UGAGUCCGGAACGAACUUUGCUCGCGGGAGGGUUCCCUGCCCGGGUCGGGCGCGCGCGCGCGCGGGCGGAGUCCCCAGUCCCGGGAAGGGGCGCAAAGGCGCGCGGAGGCUGCCGCGGCGCAGGGAUGGCUUGAAGCGGGCGACCGUCGCGGGCCGUCGGAUCAUGGCCCAGGAGCUGAGCCAAGCGGAGCUGCUGGACUUCCUCUGCCAGGCCGGCGGGCGAGUGGCCAACGCCGCCCUGCUGGGCCACUUCAAGCGCUUCCUGCGCGACCCGGCCGCGGGGCCGGAGGAGCUGCAGCGCCGCCGCGCCCUCUUCAAGGGCUUCGUCAACUCGGUGGCCACCGUCGCCAAGCAGGACGGGCCCGGCGGCGGGGCCACGGUGGUGGUGCUGCGCAGGAGGUACCGCGAGCUGGUCGGCGAGGAGCCCAGGGGCGCCCGGGAGCGACAGGCGGCGCCCCUCGACGGCCCGGGAGGCGCGGCCGGGGAGGGUCUCCUCGGGCACCGCCAGGAGGAGCAGGAGGAGGAGGAAGCGGCGCGCACCUGCGGCACCUCCACUCGGGACCUGCGCGCCAGCCCGGAGCCGGGCGGAGGGCGAGGCGGGGCGCCCCUUCCAGCCACCCCAGCGCCCCUCGGCCCGCCGACGCAGGGCGCCCUGCUGAGAGGCAGCCCGAAGAACGGCCCCGUCGCCGGCCCUCCCGGGGAUCCGCCAACACGCCAGGGCGGUGCGCCAAAGGCCGUCGGGGCGCCUCCCCGCGAGUGCCUCCGAGCGAGGGUCGGGGCGUGGGUCGCUAGCGCGGGAGGCGCGGCCUUGCAGUCGGAGGAAGGCGCCCCCUGGCCGUCGCCCCCCAGCUCGCCCCGCAGCCGCAGCAGCGGCCCUUCGUGGCCCCUCGAGUCGCAGCUGGGCCCGGAGGAGUGGCGGGAGCGGCCGCUCGUCUUCCGCAGCAUCCGGUGCCAACUCUCCCUGCAGGACCUGGACGAGUUCCUGGAGCAGGAGAGCCCCGCCAGCGAGGACAGCAGCAGCGCCAGCGACUCCUGCCGCGGGGAGGGCGAAGGCGGCUUCCCGCGCCUGCCUUCUCCGCGGGGGCCCGACGGCUGCGGCAGGAGUCCGCCCCAGAUCGGCUUGGCCAAGGCAGGGGAGGGUCUUCCCUGCAAGCCCCAGGCCAAUGGGCUCGUGGGGCCACCUGCCAAGGCUGGAGGACAGCCACCGGGCCCCCCAAGCCCAAGACACCCAGCCUCCCUGGGUCACAUAACUCGGGGAUCCUCCUCAGAGGAUGAGCUGUUGGAUAAAGGCCCCCAGAGGACAAGCAGGCAGGUGCAGAAGCCCAAAAAGGCAACCCUGCAGCCUUCUCCGCAUCUGGACGCUCCCUUAAGUUUGCACCUAGUCCCCUGCAGAGGCCCCCCGAACACCACCCCAGCUGUGGAAAGGCCGAGCCCGGACACAGACGCCUCUCCCGAACACAGAUCUUCCCUGGUCCCUCUGGAGCCCCGAGAGCACACCUGGAUGGUUAAGGUGGCCGCCGGGUCGUGGCUGCAGGCCCGGGCGCUCUUCUUGGAAGACCCCCACCUUGCCACCCGGAAAGACUUCAUUUCGGGCUACACGGUGCUCCACUGGCUGGCCAAGCACGGCAGCACUCAGGUGCUUCUGGAUUUCGUCAGUGGGGCCCAGAGGGCGGGCGUGGCCCUGGAUGUCAACGUCAAGUCCGGCUGCGGCUACACUCCGCUGCACCUGGCCGCCAUGCACGGCCACCCGAAGGUCAUCCGGGUGCUGGUGCAGAAACUGCAGAGCCAGGUCCACGUGCGGGACAGCAGUGGCAGGAAGCCGUGGCAGUACCUCAGCAGCAGCACCUCGGGGGAGAUCUGGCAGCUCUUGGGAGCGCCCAGGGGCAAGACCAUCUUCCCAGCCCACCUGAUUCCCCGCAGCGCCUCUCCAGCCCGGAAAGGCAAGAGUCCAGAGCUGCCGAGGAAAGUCACCCGGAAGACGUCUCUGGCCGCUUACUUGAAACCGCAGCACAUCAAAUGGAAAAUGGCCAACAAGUAUCCAGCGCUGCAGGAGAGAGAGGAAUACAGUGACUGAAUAUUGGUGUGGUGUCCCGUGGGAUUUGGGAGGAAUUUGUCAAACCGGUGGCACUGGCUGUGUUUGGUGGGGGGCCAAGAAAAGCAGCACUUUAUGCAUCCAGUGGUAAAUUCUGGGACAGUGUUAUUAUUUAUUUACCUGGGAAGCUUUUGAAUGCUACCCAGUUCCUCUUAUCGUGGGCCUGAGAAACGCUUGGUUUUUGGAGGCAUCUUGGAAUAUCCGCUAUUUCCGAUGGGCUCCUGUCCUCGAGAACCUACUCGAUCAAUAAUCUCCACCACAGCAAUCUCUAGAAUCAGGUUUGGGAGAAUCCAUCCAUCCCGUCAAAGUUGCUGUACCGAGGAACGCAGGCCCACUGGGGUCUCAUUUUUCCCGUUCAUCUAAUAUGGAACGAGGACUAGCACCGAAACCACAGCUGUAGUAUUUAAAGUGCUGUUUAGGGGUGAAUGUUUUGAAACAGACUGUCAUUUGCACAGCCAAGAGCCUGUUGCAAUUUUAAUUAUUUGCCUUUGGGAACAAGAGUCAGGCAGGCAGGUUGGGGCGUGCCCAGAAGGCUGGGAUCAUCUUGUCACAGGUGAGCUUUUAAUCCUGCGGACAUUUUGCCGUGGUUGGCUACAAUCCUGGUAUCUCACCGGAGAUCAAACGGUGCCCUGGGCUUGCCUCUUCUCCCCAGGCUGAAAAAAUAUCAACAUAAACUCGUCCCCCGCGUGCUACCGUUUUUAUCGAUAAUAAAUCUUUUUACAGCUGC